AUGCCAGAACAAGUUCCAAACACACUAAAUAUUAUUAAAAAACUAACGGACAUGCUUCCGCAGCUUUCAGAGACUGAAGCAGAGGCCGCUCGAUACCAAAUAGAGCAGCUGAAAAAUGAAAACCCUUUUCUCUCGGGAAAAGACAAAAACCCCGGGAGCGUUCUGGAGUGCUGGGAGGCGCGAGACACAAGCAGAGUCAAAAUUCUAAAACAGAGGCUUGAUCAGGAAAAGAACCUUCUCGAGGGCUACAAAGUCAUUCUCCAGGAGAACACCACGGAUGUUUUGCUGGAAAGGGUCCAAAAGUCCCAGAGAGUCAUAUACUUCAUAGAAAGAGAGAUCGCAAUGAUAAAAAGGUUUCUGUCAGAUGCAUGCCUGAAGGACAAGAGCUACAACCCGAGCAUGAUUUUUGACUCAACAAGCAUGGAGCCUGAAAAAAUAGUUAAGCACAACGGAAAAGCCCAUCUCUCCAUCAUAGGCAUUUUCAGCAAAAACCCGCUGCACAAGAACAUGAGCAUAAACAUAUACACCGAUGAUACAUUCAUAGGAAAAGUAGAGGCGGGCGAGAUUGAAGACAGUAAGUCGAUCAGCAUCGAAUUUAAAGAUGUGUACCGGAUAGAGUUUAUGCUGAAAACAGAAAACGAUGUGGUUGCUGGCCUGGUGUACUUUCCGAUUGAAAACCUUGUGGAUGCAGAGGAUGUUGGCUCGAAGUCUUUCUACUACACAAUUGCAGAGAAGAGCAUGCUUAGCAUUUCGUUUGGAAACUGCAAACUUGAAGAGUGCGGAAUCCAGAGAAAUGGCACGUCCAUUAUAACCAAAAGAUCCUCUGGGCAUCUUCUGCGAAAGCUCGAGGACAUCUCGCUCUACCGGUGCGGAGUGUGUGGGCACAACGAGAGCAAAGACCGUGCUUCGCAGUUCUACAGAUGCGACUGGUGCAAGUUCACAUGCCAUGCACACUGCAUGAACCUGAUAUUCUUCGAGUGCUUUGAGUUCAAGAAAAAACAGGAGGCUGAGUCCGACAAAAAGGCCCUUGAGAAAGAGGUUGAGGAAAUGAAAAAAGAGCGGCUGAACAUAAUAAUUGCAGCUAUCGACAUCCGAGAAAAGCCCAACGACUAUGACGAGCUGGCAAACAGGAUGCAAAAGCCCUCGAAAGAGAUAAUCAAAAAAGGGCACAGUGACUCAGAGAAAGACAGCUCCGACAGCGAUGAUAAAGCACAAAAGCCUGUCAAGAGGUACAGCGUUGAGCACAAUCUGGUAAAACAGAAAAUGCUGGGCAUAACUUGGUGCUGCCACUGCGGAGAAAGGAUAGGGAUGCUGACCGUGGCUCUGGAGUGCUCUGUGUGCCAAAAUGCGUACCACACAGAGUGCAGAGGCAUGAUCUUUAAGUCGUGCGGAAUCACCAAAGAGCUGCUGGAAGGGCUGGUUGCAUACGUGCCAAAAAAGAAAAAGAAAGACAAAAGUGAAAUAUCGCUCAGUGAGUUCAAGUUCUUGUAUCUAAUAUGUCCAGAGGGCAACGGCAAGGUCUAUCUGUGCAGCUGGAGAGACAAAACAGUGGCUCUGAAGGCAAUCAAGAAAAAGGAUAUUGUUGAGAGCAACAGUGAAGAGCUAGUGGACACACAGCGAAUUUGUCUAGAAAUAGCCAAGUCCUCUGGAAACCCAUUCAUUGUAAAGAUGGAGGGAUGCUUCCAAACAACAACCCACAUCUUUUUCAUACUGGAGUUUGUGGAAGGGGGUGAUCUGUACUACCAUCUCCACAGUAGAGAGAUAACACCGCCUGAAAUAAAAAUGAUUCUUGCCGGGCUGACCAUAGCGCUUGAGUGGCUCCAUGAAGAGAAUAUAAUAUACAGAGACCUUCGGCUGGAAAACGUCAUGUUCGCAAAGAACGGGUAUGUGAAGCUGACUAACCUUGGGCUAUGCUCCAUAGGCGCACCGAACGGUGUUGCGCACACUUUGUGUGGCAGUUUCCCAAAUGUUGCGCCUGAAGUGAUCGAUGAACACUACACAAAGGCAGCUGACUGGUGGAGCUUUGGCGUGCUGGCAUAUCAGCUCGUUCUUAAAACAUCGCCGUUUAUAGCUGGGAGCAUAAAGCAGACUAAAGAGGCGAUACAGAACGACCCACCGGCCAAUCUAGAGCUCAUUGAAGAGCCCAUGCGCUCUCUUAUAGUUGGCCUCUUGGAGAAGAGUGCAGACAGCCGAAUUGGAACAAAGUCUAUAUGGGAGAUAAAGAACCAUCCGUACUUCAGCGACAUAGACUGGGACAAAAUGAAAAAACAAGAGCUCCCUGUGGUAUGGAAGCCCUCCACUGAAAAGCCGUGCAUGAACUUUGAAUCAGCGCAGAUAAAGAACAGCCCUUCUCUGAGCCCUGCUGAAGAAAUAGACAACUCCCACAACGCCUAUUUCCAAAACUUUUAG